UCGGCGCGCCACUGUGUCUCUGGGAGCGCGCCACUUCAGCGGCAGAGCUGUAAACGUUCUCAGUCGGUGGGCUUCUCUGUCCCUGGACCGUUAUUACGACCGGACGGACUUGCACCGCUUCACUAUUCUGCAGAGUAGCGGGGAAAGAGUGAUGAUGGGAUGGAUUUGAAGAUGGGCCAGUGGCCAGGGAGGCGAGCUGCUCUCCAUGGACUCGUUCUUCUGCUGUUGAUUUUGAUCAAGACACCUCUCUGCUUUGUACUGUCAGCCAAUGGAAGUCCUCAAGAUCGACCUCCCUUUUCGUUUACUCAGGCUGUCUACCAUGCAACAGUUCAUGAGAAUUCAGCAGCCCGCACCUAUGCCAACAGUCAAGUUAAAAUGGGCAUCCACCUUGCCCUGCGGUCUUGGGAGAUCCGCUAUAGAAUCAUUUCAGGAGAUGAUGAAGGAUUCUUUAAAGCCGAGGAUUAUGUACUUGGUGACUUUUGUUUCCUGCGAAUAAGGACAAAGGGCGGAAAUGCAGCAAUCUUAAACCGUGAGAUUCAGAAUAAUUAUGUUUUGACAGUGAAGGCCACAAUAAAAGGAGACGCUCAUUUGGAGACAUGGACUAAAGUCAGCAUCCAGGUCCUCGACAUGAAUGAUCUGAGACCCUUGUUUUCACCAACCACUUAUUCUGUUACGAUAGCAGAGGGCACUCCUCUCAGGACAAGCAUAGCACAAGUUACAGCCACGGAUGCCGACAUUGGAUCUAAUGGGGAAUUCUAUUAUUUUUUCAAAGAGAAUACAGAGCUCUUUGCAGUUCACCCAACAAGUGGAGUGGUUUCCAUCAGUGGGAAGCUAAAUGUUGAUGAGCAGAUACGCUAUGAUUUAGAAAUUCUUGCAGUUGACAGAGGUAUGAAGUUGUAUGGAAAUAAUGGGGUAAGUAGCACAGCCAAGCUCUAUGUCCAUGUGGAGCGUGUGAAUGAGCAUGCACCCUCCUUGAAAGUAAUCACCCAUGCUCCCUCUCUGACUGGCAACAGUGCAGUGUACGCUGUAGUCAUUGUGACAGACCAGGAUGAAGGUUUAAAUGGUGAAAUAGAAUCUGUGGACAUAGUAGCUGGAGACCUUUCAAAUUGGUUUUUCAUCCAAAGGUCGAGUGACAGAGAGUUUACCAUACAGUCAUCUGAGUUGCUUUCAUGGGAGAAAUUACCACAUGGAUGCAAUCUCACUUUACAGGCUAAAGACAAAGGUAGUCCUUCCAAAUUAUCUGAAGCAACAGUUGCACAUAUUUUGAUCGAAAAGUUGCAGACAACAGAAUGCAAGUUUGAGCAAGACCAUUAUGAUGUUCAUCUGAGUGAAGUUUCACCACCAGGCACGAUUGUUCUGGCUGUUCAAAUUAGGCCUGAGCUGAAUGAUGCAGAGUAUACAAUAACACCUUCUGCAGAUUCAGUAUUCUUCCAAAUAAAUAAAUAUACUGGAGUGAUAUCUACCUCUCACUGGUUUACCCAGUUAGCUCAAAGCAUCUUUAAUCUUGAGGUCCAUGAAAUAGAGAGUGACCUGAAUGCCACAGUGCUGAUCACAAUUGACGAUGCCAACGACAACACACCAACCUUUUCACAGUCUUCUUAUGAGAUUUUCAUCAAUGAAAGUUGCCCCAUUGGGACUAAUAUUUUCGUUGUUUCAGCCAUUGACGUGGAUAGAGGUGAGAAUGGAUACAUAACCUAUAGCAUCCCUCGACUUCAGCCGUUGCCUUUCAAGAUAAAUCAGUUCUCUGGUGUUAUAAGAACAACCACAGACCUGGACUUUGAAUCUUCUUUAGAGAGCUUUGUGUUUGUAGUCAGGGCAUCUGACUGGGGAUCACCGUACAGACGAGAAAGUGAAGUCAAUGUAACGGUUCAUUUGGUGAAUGUAAAUGACAACAAGCCAUUAUUUGAGAGAGUUGCUUGUCAGGGAGUAAUCUCAAGAGGCCACAAACUGGAGGAGGUCAUAACCACAGUGUCUGCAAUAGAUGUAGAUGAGAUGGAGCUUGUAAAAUAUAAGAUUAUCUCAGGUAAUGAAAGGGGCUUUUUUGACCUGAAUCCAGAUUCAGGUGUUUUAAGGCUGAAAAGCCCCUUGACAUCAGAUAGCAGUUUUUUUAAUCUGACUAUAAUAGCAACGGAUGGGGAGCAUUUAUCUGAGCCAAUGUCUUUGAGUCUUUCGGUUGUGAAAGGGAAAGCUUGGAACAGAAGUUUUAACUGUAAGGAAACAAUGGUAGCCCAAUUAUUAGCUGACAAGUUGCUAAAAAAGUCCAAAGCAAGCACCAAGGUCAAGGUUGAGGAAGGGUUUAUUGAUCUCUUUUCUGUCAAUCGACACACACCUAGAUUUGACAAAUCAUCUCCCAAACAAAUUACUGUGAUGGAAGACCAUCCUGUUGGAGCAAGUGUGUUUCAGGUCAAUGCCUUUGAUGGGGACACAGGCUUUAAUGGUCAGCUUAUAUAUGCUAUUUCUGAUGGAAACAUUGACAGUUGUUUUACCAUUGACACAGAGAGUGGCCAAAUUAGUGUGUUCUUGCCCAUUGACAGAGAAAAGAGAGAUAGCUAUCGUCUCAAUAUAACAGUAUAUGAUCUUGGUGUGCCACAUAAAGCUAACUGGCAUUUGUUGAAUGUUUUCAUCGAAGAUGCAAAUGACAAUGCCCCACAAUUUUUGCAGGAGGGAGGUUAUGAAAUGUCUAUACCUGAAAACACACCAAUAGGAACAGAGGUCAUCCAGGUGGAGGCAACUGACAAAGACCUAGGACUAAAUGGUGAAAUAAAUUACUCUAUAUUAACCAGUACCACUCAGUUUUGGAUGAAUUCUUCGAGUGGUGUUGUUUCCAUCACUGGCCAGCUAGAUAGAGAGUCAAUUCCGACUUUUUAUUUAAAGAUAGAGGCUCGAGACAAGGCAGAGAAAAACCAGAAGUUCUCUGUUACAACAUUGAAAAUCACACUGGAGGAUGUCAACGAUUGUCCGCCACUCUUUAUUCCAAGUGUGUACAAAGCCAGAGUACUGGAGGAUCUUCCAAUUGGAACAGUCAUUGCCUGGCUUGAAACACAGGACCAGGAUUUGGGCUUUGGAGGCCAAGUACGUUUCUCCCUUUCCAAUGACUACAAUGGAUGGUUUGAAGUGGACAAAUCCAGUGGUGCAAUACGGCUGAUGAAAGAGCUGGACUAUGAGAUGCAGCAGUUCUACAAUAUUACAGUGAAGGCCAAAGAUAAGGGAAGGCCCGUAUCACUUCUCUCCAUAACCUAUGUGGAGGUUGAGGUUUUGGAUGUGAAUGAAAACCUCUAUGCUCCCUACUUCUCCCAAUUUGCAGUGACAGGAUUUAUAAAAGAAAAUGCCCGCAUUGGAACCACGAUACUUCAGGUAACUGCUAAUGACCAGGAUGAAGGGAAAGACGGAGAGAUCCAAUACUCUAUCCGCGAUGGAAGUGGGCUUGGACGAUUUGCUGUUGACGAGGAGACAGGUGUGAUUUACACCACUGAUUUGCUGGAUCGAGAGACCAAGGAUUCCUACUGGCUUACAAUAUAUGCAAGUGACCGGGCUGUUGUACCCUAUUUUGCUGUGAUUGAGGUGUUCAUUCAAGUCGAGGACAUAAAUGACAAUGCACCGCUGACCUCAGAGCCAAUGUACCAUGCCACUGUACAUGAGAAUUCCCCACGAGAUGUCUCUGUCAUGCUAAUCCAAGCCCAGGACCCUGAUGCCACAACUCAAGGAGUUUCUGACAGACUGUCCUACCGAAUCAUUAGUGGAAACCCACAAAACUUCUUCACCAUCAACGCACGCACUGGUCUUAUCACCACCACGUCCAGAAAACUGGAUCGUGAGCAACAAAGUGAACAUGUUUUAGAGGUUAUUGUGUCAGAUGCUGGUCCGAGCCCACAAGCAACUACAGUGUGGCUGAUUGUUCAAGUCCUUGAUGAAAAUGACAACAGGCCAACUUUUACUGAGAAAGUGUACCAGGUGAAAUUGCCCGAGAGAGAGAGGCGAAAAAAGGCUGAGCCUAUCUAUCGCGUCUUUGCCCACGAUCGUGAUGAUGGGCUCAACAGCUUACUCUCCUAUAGCAUCAUAGAUGGUAAUCAGGAUGGAAAGUUUUUCAUUGACUCAAAAACUGCUGUCGUCUCCUCUCGGAAGGCCUUCUCUGCAGGAAGCUAUGAUAUCCUUACUAUCAAGGCAACAGACAACGGUCGGCCACAGAAAUACUCCACAGCUCGUCUACAUAUCGAAUGGAUUAACUGCCCAUCUCCCUCCGCUGUUCCUUUGCUCUUUGAUGAACCUUUCUAUAAUUUCACCGUCAUGGAGAACGACAAGGUUGCUGAUAUUGUGGGUGUUGUCUCAAUUCAACGGAGUGGAGCACCCUUGUGGUUCGACAUCAUAGGUCCCAGGUCUUUCCUUGAGAUGUUUUAUAUUUUGCAGAACACUUGCGACAGAAACUGUUCUUCAGAAGGUGGCAACAGUGACAGUGUUUUCGAUGCAGAAAAAUCUCUGGGCACCGUAAUCAUUGCCAAACCACUGGAUGCCGAGCAGUGUUCUUCGUAUAAUCUUACAGUGCAAGCUACAGAUGGCACCAACACUGCAUUGACCCAGGUUCAUAUCACAGUGAUGGAUUACAACGACAACGCUCCAGUCUUCUCACAGACAACAUAUGAAGUGACCAUCUCUGAGGAUAUACCACCAGACACUAAAGUGGUCCAGGUACUGGCGUUGGACCGUGAUGAGAAUCACCACCUAGUCUACUCUCUGCAAAGUUCCACAGACCAAAGCAGCAUGCAUCUUUUUCGCAUCCACCCAUCACUGGGCACAAUUUAUGCAGCUGAGCAUCUGGACCAUGAAGCUGCCUCCCAGCACAUUCUCACUGUAAUGGUAAAAGACCAGGAGUUCCCAUACAGAAAAGAUUUGGCUCGGGUUCUUAUAGAAGUCGAGGAUGUAAACGACCAUGUUCCAAUGUUCACCAGUGCUUUGUAUGAAGGCUCUGUGUAUGAAUCUGCAGCGGUAGGAUCAGCUGUGAUCCAGGUCACUGCUCUGGACAAAGACAAAGGAGCGAAUGCAGAGUUACGCUAUACUAUUGAAGCAGGUAACAUUGGAAACACUUUUCAUAUCGAGCCAGUCUUAGGCAUCAUCACUGUUGCACAUGACCUGGACUUAUCCAGUAUCGGUCAUUAUGUGCUCACUGUCAGAGUUAUGGAUAAUGGCACACCUCCCCUGUCCACCACCACCAUGGUGCACAUUGCUGUCACCUUCUCUGACAAUGCUGGUCCAAAGUUUCCUCAACCAGAAUACCAGGCAGACAUCACAGAGAGCGCAGCAAUCGGGACCUCGGUGACCACAGUCAAAGCCAUCAGCCAGUCCACACUAACUUACGACAUCAAAAAAGGCAACUCAGCACAUGUUUUUAAGUUAAAUCAAUACAGUGGUGUGAUAACAACCCAGAAACCUCUGGACUAUGAGUCAAAAGCAGCCUACACACUGAUAGUCCAGGCGACUAACAUGGCUGGAAUGGCUGCAAAUGCCACCCUUUUAAUUCUGGUUUCAGAUGAAAAUGAUAACCCUCCCAUAUUCCAGCAGCUUCUUUAUUUUGGCAGUAUAAAUGAAGCUGCACCUGUCAACAGUGUUGUCUUCAAUUUAGAAGGAUCACCACUGGUAAUCAAGUCCAGUGAUGCUGACCACAAUCAAAAUGCGUUGUUGGUUUAUCAGAUUGUUGAGGACAAUGCAAAGAUCUUCUUUACUGUUGACUCAGGAACUGGCUCAAUUCGAACAAUUGCAAGUCUAGAUCACGAGAAGUUCACCAACUAUCAUUUCCAUGUUCAAGUCAGUGACAACGGAUGGCCAAAAUUGAGUGCUGACAGACCCGCAGAAGUCCAAAUUAAAGUGAUUGACACCAAUGACUCACCACCACAGUUCACUCAAGCAUCGUAUGAAACGGUCCUGCUUCUUCCGACCUACGUUGGUGUAGAGGCACUACAGGUGUCAGCCGUGGAUCCCGACAAGGAUGUUCCGUCGAUGCUCAUCUACUCAUUCGCUGAUGGACCACAGGAGCACUUUUCGAUUAACCCUAUGAAUGGGAUCAUUGUUGUGAAGAACAACAAGUUUUCAAAAGAACAUUUUCGUUUCACCGUCGAAGUGACUGAUGGGAAAUUCUCUAGCACAGUUGUUGUAACUGUCCUGGUACGAGAGGCACAGGAUUCAGGCCUCGGCUUCACGGACAGCAUUUACACUUCAUCUAUUCCAGAAAAUGUAUCAAGCAUCUGUCAAGUAGCUGUGGUCAAUGCUGUUGGGAGCCAACUCAAUGAACCACUGAAAUAUACAUUGCUAAAUUCUCGGUCUCAUUUCAAAAUACUGCCAAACUCAGGUGUUAUCCAGACCACCCAGUUACCAUUUGAUCGUGAGGACCAGGAGUUGUAUGAACUUGUAGUGGAGGCACGGAGGGAACAUGAUCAACUUCAUGUAGCCAGAGUUAUGGUCCGAGUUCAUAUUGAGGAUGUUAAUGACAACCCCCCAGUCUUUGUUGGACUUCCCUAUUAUGCAACUGUACAAGUGGAAGCACAGCCAGAUUCCCAAAUUGUCCAAGUCAUGGCAGUUGAUAGAGACAAAGCAAUGAAUGGGCAAGUGUCUUACUACCUUUUGGACCACUAUGAUCAUUUUUACAUCAAUCAGCAGACCGGAAGCCUCAACCUUAAGAAGGCUUUUGAGUCUGACUCGUCCAAUGUGGAGUACCAGGUGAUUGUAUAUGCUCGAGAUGGUGGACAACCACCUCUGUCUUCCUCUGUUGAAGUUCCAAUAACAGUAGUCAACAAAGCCAUGCCAGUGUUUGAAAAAUCAUUUUAUUCUGUAUCUGUUAAUGAAGAUGUUGCAGUGCACACACCCAUACUUGGCGUUAAUGCAACAAGUGCAGAAGGCCAAAAUAUAAUCUACACCAUUGUGGACGGUGACCCAUUUCUUCAGUUUGAUGUCGGCUUUGAUACGGGGGUGAUCAGCGUCAUCCACCCUUUGGACUUUGAAGCAUUGACCUCUUACCACCUGACCAUUCAAGCCACUGAUUACUUGACUAGUGCUCAUUCUGAAGUUGGUGUUGAAAUUUUUGUUCUGGAUGUAAAUGAUAACCCUCCAGUCUUUCAAGAGAAGAUGUACAGGAUUUUUUUGCUUGAAACAACUGUGAUUGGAACUCCAGCACUGCAGGUCAUUGCCACUGAUGUUGAUUCAGAGAAAAACAAUGUCGUCCACUAUCAUAUUUUUUCGAAUACACAAAACAGCACAGAUUAUUUUCAUAUUGACAGUAGCAGUGGACUUAUUCUCACUGCACGUAUGUUGGAUCAUGAAAUGGUCCAAAAGUAUGAGUUCAUUGUUCGGGCCACUGAUAAUGGUUUCCCUCCAUUAAGUAGCGAGGUGUCUGUCGUAGUAACAGUGAAUGAUACAAAUGACAACCCUCCAGUUUUCAAUCAACUGCUCUAUGAAGCAUACGUGAAUGAAUUAGCACCAAAAGACCAUUUUGUAACUAGUGUCCAGGCUUCUGAUGCAGACAGUUCAAACUUUGAAAAGUUAGAAUAUAGCAUAUUGUCAGGAAAUGAAAAAAUGAACUUUGUGAUGGACAAAAUGAAUGGAAUUAUAACCUUGUCCAGUCAUGCAAGGCAAAGAAUGGACUCCAUUUAUAGCUUGAAUGUUUCUGUUUCUGAUGGUGUUUUUACAAGCACUGCACAGGUUCAUAUUAAGGUGGUCAAUGCAAACUUGUACAGUCCUGAUUUUGGGCAAAGCGUGUAUGAGGCAGAGUUGAUGGAAAAUGCUGCAGUUGGGACCAAAGUUAUCCUGGUCAAGGCAGUGGAUGCCGAUCCAGGCCUGUAUGGUAACAUCAGCUACUCAUUUGUGAAUGACUUGGCAAAAGAUCAGUUCAGCAUCGACGCAAGAGGUCAAAUCACAACACUUGAAAAGCUUGAUCGAGAGGACUCAACUGUUAAGGACAUUGUACUGACAGUUGCAGCAAAAGACAGUGGUGGUCGUGUGUCUUACUGUACUGUUGAAGUCACUCUAUUGGAUGAUAAUGACAAUGCACCACUUUUUCACUCAGCUGAAUACAGAGUGUCGAUCAUUGCUAACGUCAGUCGAGGCUUUUUGGUGACUCAGAUUCAGGCCACAGAUCCUGACGCUGGCAUCAAUGCCAAAGUAACGUAUUCACUCUACAGUGAGAUUCACAUGCCUGUUGUGGACAUUUUAGAGAUAGACUCUGACAAUGGCUGGCUUGUGACCAAAGGUAGCUUUAGCCACCUGACAAAUACUGUAUUAUCAUUUUUUGUGAAAGCAGUGGAUGGAGGAAGUCCAGUACGACAGUCACUUGUACCCGUUUACAUACACGUGCUUUCUCCAGAAGGCUAUAUUCCUACCUUUACCCAACACCAAUAUUCCUUCAGCAUAUUGGAGAACACCCCAGUAGGUUCCAUUAUAGGGAGACUGCAUCUUAGCAUUUCCCCAAGAUUUGCAUCUCUAGCUAUGACCUUCGCUCUGAUAAAUGGAGAAACCAGAGAACACAACCUUGAUGGAAUAUUUAUAGUGGAACCAGAGACGGGCCAAAUCAAACUCAACAAGCCUGUGGACUACGAAGUUGUCAAAACAUUUUCAUUCAAAGUCACUUGCACCGCAGAAAUGACCAAGUUAGAUUCUAUCAAUGCCGUUGAUGUUGAAGUCCAAGUUUUGGAUAUAAAUGACAACAAACCAUAUUUUGAGAGCAAUGCUUAUGAGGUGACUGUAUUGGAGGGAGUACCUGCUGGAGCGUCCAUACUUCAGGUGCAAUCAUUUGACCUUGACUCAGCAGCCAAUGGCCAGGUAAUAUACAGUCUUGGGUCACUAAUUCCAACAGAGGAAAAUCCAAAUCUACUGGGAAACACCUUCAAUAUCGACACAAACACAGGAUGGAUCUCCACAAGCAAAAUAUUGGACCAUGAGUCCUGCCCUUCUUACACUUUCACAGUGGUAGCCAACGACUUGGGAGAACCAGUUUCUCUUUCCAGUUCCACAACUGUGACAGUGGUGGUGUUGGAUAUUAAUGACAAUCCACCCAUAUUUUUGGAACCAUGGUACUUUGGAUCAAUCAAAGAGAGUGAUGCACCAGGCGAGGUUGUGGCUGUACUGAACACCAGGGAUGAGGACAGCUCAGCAGCCAACCACCAAGUCAGCUAUCACAUCACUGGAGGGAACCACCGUGGUGUGUUCGCACUUGGAUUGGUUCAAGGAGAAUGGAAGAUGUAUGUCAAGGGUGUGCUCGACAGAGAAGAGUGCAACCGCUACAUCAUCAACGUCACUGCAAGCGAUGGCCUCUUUGUCUCCGAGGCCUCUGUAACUGUGACAGUGAUAGACAGCAAUGACAAUAAACCUGUUUGCGACCAGACUGUGUAUAGCACUUCUAUUUCAGAGGGACUCCUUCCAAAUAGUGUAAUAUUACACAUUGGUGCUACCGAUGAAGAUGUUGGUGCCAGUGGAAAGAUUUCUUUUUCCUUGCAUGGGCCUGGGUCUUUGGACUUCAGCAUUGACGUUGAUACUGGUGAGAUAAAGACAUCAAAUACUUUGGACAGAGAGACAACGCCCAACUAUUGGCUGGUUGCUAAAGCAACUGAUGGGGGUGGUCUGUGGUGCAGUGCUGAGGUGCAUCUGAGAGUGAUGGAUGUCAACGAUAAUCCACCCCACUUUACUCUGCCACAGUACACCGUCUGUGUUUAUGAAGACACUGCCCCCAAUGCAUUGCUCACACGAAUCCAGGCGAUAGAUCCAGAUGGAGCUGGACCAGGUCGUACAGUGGUGUAUUCCUUGGCUGAUUCUGCUGAUGGAGUUUUCUCUAUUGACCAAGCCACCGGAAUCAUUAUGCUGGAGGGAAUCCUUGACCGGGAAGUGCAGUCAACAUAUCUGAUCACAGUCAGAGCAUCUGACAAGGGAUCGCCACAACCUCUCUUUUCAUUGGUUAAUGUUACAAUUUCUGUCUUGGACAUAAAUGACAAUCCGCCUGUGUUCGAGCGCCGUGAUCAGCUGGUGACUAUCCCUGAAGAUGUGGAUGUUGGAACAAGAGUUCUCACUGUUCGUGCUGCUAGCAAAGACAUUGGGACUAACGCUGAAAUUACUUACAGCAUCCGGUCAGGCAACGAGCAUGGACGAUUCCACAUUGACACACAGUCAGGAGACAUCUCGGUGGUUCAGUCUCUGGACUAUGAGAUCUGCAAGGAUUUCUUUCUGACUGUGGAAGCACGUGAUGGAGGUGCACCCUCACUCAGUGCCAUAUCAACAGUGAACAUAAACCUGACAGAUGUGAAUGAUAACGCACCAAGAUUCAGUCGUGACUUCUACACAGCAGUUGUUUCUGAGGAUGCUACAAUUGGAGAUCCUGUGGUCCAGGUGGUAGCUGAGGAUCUGGACAGUCAGGCAAAUGGAGCCAUCCUUUACUCGAUUGUAAGUGGGGAUGGAGAUAACCAAUUCUUUAUGGAUCCUCUUAGUGGGAUGCUCAAAGUCAACAAACAACUGGACCGUGAAACGAUUCCUAACUACUCUUUGACUAUCAGAGCCGCGGACAGCGGAAUCCCACCAUUGUUGACCACUGUCAUGGUUAAUGUUGACAUUUCUGAUAUAAAUGACAACCCACCCAUGUUUUCCUCUGUCAACCUGACAACUGUCAUUCAGGAAAACAAACCUAUUGGCACAAGCAUCCUACAAGUGUCCGUCAUUGACCAGGAUUCACCUCAUAAUGGGCCCCCAUUUGAUUUCCGAAUCCUAUCAGGAAAUGAAGGUGGAGAGUUUGUUUUGAAGAAAGAUGGAACUCUCAUGACUAAUCAAGUUUUUAGGAAGAACCAAGGAACAGAGUAUGUCCUUCAAAUCCAGGUGACAGACUCAGGAAAGCCUCAUCUGUCCUCGUCCUCAAUGAUGAAAGUACGGGUGAUAGAAGAGAGCCUCCACCAGCCUAUUGCUUUUCCUUUGGAGGUUCACAUCAUAACAAUGGAGGACGAGUUUCCAGGUGGUGUUAUUGGCAAACUGCAUGCCACAGAUGCUGAUCCUUAUGAUGCUUUGACCUAUGGCCACUCACCCUCAGUGCAUCGAAGUCUCUUCAAAAUCAGUCCUCAUGAUGGAAAUAUCAUUGCCUUGGGUGGCUUGGAUGCAGGAGUUUAUGCCAUCAAUGCAAGUGUUAGUGAUGGUCGUUUUGCUGUGCCGGUGCCAAUAAGUGUUCACGUGAAGCAGACAACUACUGAGAUGCUGCGUGAGGCAGUGACAGUGCGUUUCGAAAGUGUAUCUCCGCAAGAAUUUGUUGCCUUACACUUGAAGCGUGUUUUAAGAGUUUUGCAGCAUGCAGCCGCAUCACAACAGUAUGAUUCCCUACACCUGCUCAGUUUGCAACCUGUAGGCGGAACGGAACAGCUGGACAUGCUGGUUGCUGUAGAAACAGCUAGCAGAGGUUUCUACAAGGCAGCCUAUAUCACUCAGAAACUUAGUGCAUCUCGACAGCGCCUUGAAGAGGUUCUGAAAGUGUCUGCCAUUUUGGAAAAAAACUGCUCUGGUCUGGAGUGUCAGGGGGCUCAGUGUGAGCAAAGCAUUACUUUGGACUCACACAACCUGGCAACAUACAGUACGCCAAGGGUCAGCUUUGUCUCUCCACGCUUCCACCGGACAACACACUGCACAUGCUCAGAUGCGAGUUGUGCAAUCCUGGCCGAGCAAUGUGAAGAACAACCAUGUCCAGCAGACAUGCAGUGUGUGCGGGUGAAGGCAACAGAACACUAUACAUGCCAGUGUCCUCCGGGCAAACUUGGGGCGUGUGCGGGUCCUUCGUCAUUGAGUUUCUCAGGGAACAGCUACAUAAAGUACCACCUGGCUGAGCAAUUGCAGACCGAGUUGAAACUGAGCCUGAGGAUCAGAACACUUCAGAGCCGCGGAGUCAUAAUCUACGCUCAGUCUAAGUCCUGUGUCACGCUAAAGUUGGAGGAUGGAAAACUAUCUUUUCAGCUGGCCUGUGGCAGUGACAUCCCUGACAUUUUGGGAAUAUCUGGCCGAAGAAUAAAUGAUGGCAGCUGGCACACUGUUAUUUUGGAGUUAAACCACAACUUCAGCAGUCUAGCGCUGGAUGACAGUUAUGUUGAGCGACGGCACAGACCACCAUACAUUGACUCUCUCGCUGGAGGCCAAACCAUUUACUUUGGAGCCCUGGUGCAUCAUCUGAGCUCCGGGAAUCUUUUGGAUCCUCAGAAGGACAUACAGGUUCUGGAGGGUUUUCAUGGUUGCCUGGACUCAGUUAUUCUCAACAACAAUGAGCUGCCGCUCCAGAACAAGCGCUCCAAUUAUGCUGAGGUAGUGGGACUGUCUGAGUUGAAAUUGGGCUGUGUCUUGUACCCUGAUGCCUGCCUGCAGCAUCCCUGUCACAAUGGGGCCACCUGUAUCAGCCUUCCAUCUGGUGGAUUCAUAUGCAGCUGCAACCCACAAUUUACUGGAGGGCGGUGUGAGAUGGAAAUCACAGCGUGUGUGCCAAACCCGUGUCAAAAUGGGGGGGUGUGUAAAGCCAUUGGAAACGCCUUUCUAUGCAGUUGCAGAAGAGGAUUCAAGGGAGUAACCUGUGUCGAUGAUGUCAAUGAAUGUGACCGCAGUAAUCUAGAGGGAGAGUGCGAGAACGGUGGCGUCUGUAUCAACACAUAUGGAUCUUUCUACUGCAACUGCUCAUCAGGAUUUGUUGGGCAGCGCUGCAGCCUGCGCCCCGUUGUUGUCCCUGAUAUGCAGGCUGGUCAUGCUGUGGUUGGAAAAGAGGAACUGAUUGGCAUCUCAGUUGUCCUGUUUGUAAUAUUCAGCCUAAUUGUGCUCUUCAUUGCUUUACGAAAGAAGGUCUUUGAGAAGUCUUAUUCGAGGAACAACCUGUCACUCGUCCAAGACCCUGCUGCCGCAGCUCUCCUCAACAAGGCGAAUGGUCUUCAGUUUAAAACAUUGCAUUGUACAACAGGAGAUCCUUUGCAUCUGUAUGCAGAGACUGGACAGGGACCCACCAUAUUGGGAACUGGUGAGCUGAUAGGGCCGCCACAGGUCCCUGUGAGGCCAAUGGCCUACUCCCGUUGUUUCCAAGGAGAGCAGUGCUCCACCAUGGAGAAGAUGGCUGAGGAGCGCUCUGUUGAGCACACAGAGAUGAGAACCUUUCAUCCAGAAUCUCCUAGAAUUCUGUCGGGAACAUCCAGGAGAGGUGUGGUAGUUUGCAGUGUGGCCCCCAACCGCACCCCUGCGUCUCCUUGCCACUCACACUGUGAUUCUAUUUGUAAAAGCCCAUGGGACAGUGAUGAUGGUAAGAUAAUGGAAGAAGUGACGUGUUUCUCUGGAAGUCAAAAAGACACCAACUCUGAGGUCCAGUCACUAAGUUCAUUCCGGUCAGAUUCCUGUGAUGACAACGCCUCCAUAGUGACGGUCAUUCGGCUAGUCAAUGAUGCAGUCGACUCAAUUGAAAGUGAAGCCUAUCACUGGGAUACAUCGGACUGGAUGCUCGAUACCAAGAAGUCCAACAGUCAAGAGAGAACAACGCACAAGUUCGGCCAAGAAAGUGAUCCUGCAGCGAGCCACAUAAGCGAAAGCCCAGCAGAAAUAGACUCUGACUACUACCUUGGGGGUUAUGACAUUGACAGUGACUAUCCCCCUCCUCACGAAGAAGACUUCUUAAAUCAUGAUCAAAUGCCUCUUCCUCUCCCCAGUGGAGAAGACUACCAGGAAAAUAAAACAGUAGCUCCUACUCAAAGGCCGCUCUCCAAGGAGAGCACUCUAAGUUCGAGGAGUAGCAGCACGAGUCCACAUCAUCGCACUCAGUUUCACCCAAGUCAGUAUUUACCUCCUCACCAACUCCCCUUUGGAGAAAUCAACUUAAGCUCCUUAACGGUCCCACAAAAUCUUGGCUCUGUGUCACGAAAUAUGCAACUGACUGUGGCUGCCUCAUCUGCAUCAGCUCCGUGUGGGCUGGGGGACUCCGACCAUGGUGGCUGUUUCGACUUGAAGGAUGAGAGCCACAGAGGGGUAACAAUCACGACUGAGUCCCAGCAACAAACUGAAGUUUGAUGACUAUCUCCAGGAUCGUGGAUUUUGGAAAUACAUUUCUCCACAUCAUCGUUCCAGACUCAAAUUCCUUUCGAAAUGACUUUCUACUUGUUUCUAUAGCUCCCCAUCUCACAUGGUUCUAGAAAAGCAAACAACGUAAGCGACUGGAUUUGCACAAUAUCUGGAACCUUUAUGCGACACAUACUUGUGGCACUGGGAAAUCAGACAAAACGUGAUAUUGAUUUAUUUUAAUACAACUUGAGUCGUUCAUCGGUAAAAAGAAAAUGUGGUUUAAUUCUAUUGGGCUCCAUAAUAGAGUAAAAAUGGCUUCAUCACUAAAAAGGCAAUUGCAUUCUUUUGAACUUGAGUAGAGUUUUCUCUGCAAAGCCUUUAAGGUUGACAAAACAGCCAUUGUGUUUACUCACCAUCUUGCAUUUACUAAAUCAUCCUAUUGUGCUUUUUGGGUUUCUGUCUGUACAUGUGUGUAACAAACGCAUGCGUCAAUCUAUUUAUAUUUGUGAAGGAUGGUGAAUGGGAAAGGACCCGAAAAGAGAGAGAUAAAAACCCCACACUGCUGCAGAUGAGCUCAAAGUGCAUGCAUUUAGGUCUAGCACCCAGAACUUAAAAUUCAGCUUCCUGCCAGCAAUAAAAUAAUAAUAAUAAUAAUGAUAACAGCACAGUAAAGAAUGUGCCUAUCUUGUUGGUUGACAAACAACACUGCAUUUGUGCUUCUCAAUUGUGAUACAAGGUCAACCAACAUGGAAACGUGAUUUUCACCUAACUCCCAAUCUUGGAAGAUCACUUGUGGAAAUCAGGGACUUGUUCACCCAGACAGCCGGCUCCAUGGUGAUGUGAGACAGGUUUUCCAGAUUUUGAUCAAGCUGUGAAUACAGAAAAUAAAAUAAAAGAUGCAUAAUUCAUUAAAAUCUCAAUUCCAUCAUGAAAGUUUUUAACUUGAAGAAAAAAAGAAAGAAAAGAAAGGAAUUUUCUUUGUGCAGUUCAAACCAUGAGAUCAACAAUUGAUCCUUUUAGAAUGCACUUUCAUUUAUUACUGUGAUCAGAUUGUAAUAUCAUUCUACCUUUUGUUUUUAAAUGUUAAAUGACUGGAAUGACUACACACUGAGCAAAGCACUUGCUAAUAAUGUUUAAAGUCAAGCAUGCUGCUUUUUGGGCUUAGUAAAUAAUGUAAAGUUAUGUAAAUCAAGUUUGUACAGUGUAAAUAUGUGCAUACUUUGCAUUUAAUCCAUUUGAAACUGUCUUUGACCUUUUUGUUGGACUUAACAAGACAAUGAGAUGUGUCUACUGCCUCUAAAGCAUGACUCAUUGUCUAUUUCAGUCGAUUUCAGGGCAAUUUUCGGGCAACUUGGGUGUUAGAUUAUGGACAUUAUACUUAAUAUCUGCUUCCAAGCAGAUGUUUCAUUUUGGGGGCAAAUGGGAUUUUUUUUCUUUUCUCCAGACAUGUAAAUAUUUCUGCAGCCCUUUCAGGUGUAAAGGCAUUUUCAUGUUCUUUUUCUAUACCAGCGUGGUGGAAUAAAACCAUUUCUGCU